AUGGCUCACUCUCACUCCCACGACGGCGGCGUUGGCCACUCGCACGAAGAUCCCUUCAAUGGCCACGGCCACUCCCACGAGAUCCUGGACGGCCCAGGCUCGUACGCCAACCGCGAGAUGCCGCUGAUCGAGGGCCGCGACUGGAAGGAUCGUGCUUUUACCGUCGGCAUUGGAGGACCUGUGGGAUCCGGCAAGACAGCCCUCAUGCUGGCUCUGUGCCAUGCCCUGCGCGACGAGUAUAACAUUGCCGCCGUGACCAAUGACAUCUUUACCCGAGAAGACGCUGAAUUCCUCACCCGCCACAAAGCCCUCGCCCCUUCGCGCAUUCGCGCUAUCGAAACCGGUGGCUGCCCGCACGCCGCCGUCCGCGAAGACAUCAGCGCCAACCUGCUCGCCCUGCAAACUCUGCAGCGCCAGUUCCAAACUGACCUCCUCCUCAUUGAAUCCGGCGGCGACAACCUGGCCGCCAACUACUCUCGCGAGCUGGCCGACUUCAUUAUCUACGUGAUUGAUGUUGCCGGCGGCGACAAGGUGCCGCGCAAGGGUGGGCCGGGCAUCACGGGCUCGGACCUCCUGGUUGUCAACAAGAUCGACCUGGCCGAGGCGGUUGGCGCUGAUCUAAAGGUGAUGGAGCGGGAUGCGGCGAAGAUGCGAGAGGGCGGGCCCACUGUCUUUGCGGUUGUAAAGCAUGGGAAUGGCAUGGAGCAUAUUGUUAACUUGAUUAUUAGUGCGUGGAAGGGUAGUGGUGCGUAUGAAGAGAGCUUAAAGCGGUGGAAGGAGGGUGCGCAGCGGGGAUCGGGGAGUGUGGAUGAAUAG